GUGCACAACAUUUAUGGCGAUGGUAAUUGCAUGUUCAGAGCGGUUAGCUAUGUUCUAUGGCAAAAUGAAGACGAGCAUCGAUACCUGCGUUCGAUGGUCGUGCAACACAUCAAAGAAAAUUGGCACGAGUACGGGUCGUUCGUGAUGGCCGAAUGGAACAUAUCCGAUCGUCAAACUUAUGGCAAUUACAUGAACAUGGUGGGCACGUUCGCCAGUGAACUUGAAUGCAUUGUGGCCACAAAAAUCUAUUACAUGAAUCUGUCGAUCUAUCGUGAGAUCCAUGACAGACAUGAACUGAAACGAGUGUUUCACAAUCAUGUCAGUUCGCAAUACAACACAGCCAGGCUUCUAUUCACCGGAAACUCAGACAGCGGCCAUUACGACGUACUCAUUCCUGACUGAUUCCGGACCUUCUUCUUCGAGCAAAAAGAUAUUGUCCGAUGAUUCUGAAUUUUUAUUUCUCUACUUUCGAUCAAUCUGUACUUUGUGAAUCUUCUUAAGUGUAUU